UCUUCCAUCCGUCGAAGGGAGGCAUUCACUUAAAGCUAGUGCUAUAGCUAUAAAUUUCUGGUCUAAGAGUUAAAAUGAUAAGUGAAAGAAAAUUGUGAAUUAAACGAAUUUUAAAAGACAAUUUCUGCCAUAAAAUUCUGUGAAGAAUUGUUUUGGAUCACCAAAAAAAAACCAAUAACUUUGGACUGAGUGCGAUAUUUAUCAAUAAAUUUGUAAUCGAAAUCGUUAGAAAAUAUCCUUACAAUGACGCCGACUCCGAAAACCGCCACUGUUAUGCAGCAGCAAAAGUUUCAUUCAAGACCUUUUCCAUUAACUCCCGAUGAUGACAUAGUGGUGACUGGAAUAGCUGGGAAAUUCCCAAAUUCAAAGAAUAUUGCAGAGUUUGAGAGAAAUCUCUAUAACAAAAUUGAUAUGGUUGAUGACGCAGAAGUUCGAUGGAAGCACUUUAAUCUUGAAAUUCCGAGACGAAUGGGUAAAAUCGAUGAUCUGCAAAAGUUUGAUGCGACAUUUUUCGGUGUACAUUUCAAGCAAGCACAUACCAUGGAUCCUCAAUGUCGACUGUUGAUUGAAACAGCCUACGAGGCGGUCAUAGAUGCUGGCAUCCAUCCGAAAACAUUGCGUGAAACGAAAACUGGUGUCUUUAUUGGUGCAUGUUUCUCUGAAUCGGAGAAAACUUGGUUUUAUGAAAAAAUUAGUUCUGGUGGAUUUGGAAUAACGGGGUGCAGCAGGGCUAUGUUAGCAAACAGAAUAUCUUAUUCGUUGGGGUUGACGGGACCAUCGUUUUUAAUAGACACAGCUUGUAGCAGUUCUCUGUACGCAUUGGAUAAUGCAUUUACAGCAAUUCGCAAUGGAGAAUGUGAAGCCGCCAUAGUCGGAGGAGCUAAUCUUUGCAUGCAUCCAUACGUAACACUACAGUUUGCAAGAUUGGGGGUACUAGCACCGAACGGAUACUGUCGCCCAUUCGAUAUCGAUGCAUGCGGUUACACGCGCUCGGAAGCUAUAUGUGUUCUACUUCUACAAAAGGCCAAAGUAGCCAAGCGCAUCUAUUCUACGGUACUAUAUUCCAAAACCAAUUGUGAUGGAUAUAAGCCCGAAGGCAUUACGUAUCCGUCAGGAAAGAUGCAAGAGAAAUUGUUGAGUGAAUUCUACGAAGAUAUUCAAAUGGAUCCGUCGUCGGUUUCCUAUGUAGAAGCUCACAGUACUGGAACUUUUGUAGGGGAUCCCGAGGAGUGUAUCGCUGUUGAUAAAGUAUUUUGUAAAGGACGUAAAACUCCACUUUUAGUUGGAUCUGUAAAAUCCAAUAUUGGCCAUUCUGAAUCGAGCUCAGGUACCUGCUCAGUAGCUAAAGUAAUACUGGCGUUCGAGAAAGGAUUAGUAGCCCCAAACAUAAAUUUCACAAAAAAUAGACCGGGAAUCAAAGCAUUGGAAGAAGGUCGGCUGAAGGUAUGCACCGAACCCACAAAACUUGAAGGAAGUUUGGUUGCUAUCAAUUCUUUCGGAUUUGGCGGAGCAAAUGCUCAUACACUACUUAGACGACACUCCAAAGAAAAACUGAACAAUGGCGCACCUCAAGACAAAAUUCCUCGUUUAGUAAUUUGGUCGGGUCGUACCGAAGAAGCAAUUGAUGUGUUCUUCAAAGAAAUGGAACAACGAAGUCUAGAUGCCGAACAUGUGAGCCUUAUCCACAGUACACAAAGCCACGACACAGCCGGUUACAUGUACCGAUGUUUCGGACUGUACGAACACUGUCAAAAUUCCAACGCUUUCUGCAUUAACAAGGAAAUGCAGCACUUUUCUGGACUCAAGCGACCAAUUGUGUGGGUUUUCAGUGGCAUGGGGUCUCAAUGGUCGGAAAUGGGAACGUCGUUACUUGAACUGCCGUUGUUUAGAGCAUCGAUACAACGAUCACAUGAGACUCUCAAGCCAUACAACUUGGAUCUGAUACAAAUCAUUACGUCACAAGAUCCGAAGACAUUCGACAACAUAUUGUAUUCCUUCGUUGGUAUAGCCGCCAUUCAAGUGGCAUUGGUGGAUGUUUUGAGAGCAUUGAACUUAUCUGCUGAUUACUUCAUCGGUCAUUCGGUUGGAGAACUGGGAUGUGCUUAUGCUGAUGGUUGCAUGACUGGUGACCAGAUGGUUCUAGCUGCAUAUUCCCGUGGUAUGGCUAGUUUGGAGACUGAAAAGAUUCGUGGGUCAAUGGCAGCGGUGGGACUAGGCUACAAGCAAAUUAAGAAUAUCGUUCCCCCGACGAUAGAAGUCGCUUGCCAUAAUGCGUCCAAUUCAAGUACCAUAUCCGGACCCGAAGAAGAAGUUUCGGCUUUCGUAAACUUCCUGAAAAGACAGGGAACGUUUGCGAAAGAAGUAGCUAGUUCAAACAUUGCUUACCAUUCGCGAUACAUUGCUGAUAUGGGACCAAAACUUUUAAAAAGACUCAGGGAAGUUCUACCCGAACCCAAGAGGAAAUCCGAAAAAUGGUUGAGCUCAAGUAUACCGAAAAAUCGCUGGGAUCAAGAAGAGAACCGAUUCAGUUCCCCCGAAUACCAUACGAAUAACCUACUGGGUUCGGUAUUAUUUGAAGAAACGAUGGCUUUGUUGCCGGAGAAUGCGAUCACGAUCGAAUUUGCGCCUCAUGGAUUGCUGCAAGCAAUAAUGAAGAAAGGAAUGCCAAAUGGCACACACAUACCACUGACACAGCGCGGAAAUAAGAGCAAUCUGAACUUCUUCUUGAAUGCAUUGGGAAAGCUGUACCUUAACGGGUUAAACAUGACCUUCGAGAAUCUCUAUCCGCCAAUCAAUUAUCCUGUAUCUCGUGGUACACCAAUGAUUUCGCCUCUAGUACGUUGGGAGCACAGUGAGGAUUGGUUCGUCACAAAAUUCGAAUUGCAACGAUCUACGCGUAGUGCAGAGCGAAAAGUGAAGGUGAGCCUUCAAGAUCAGGAUUUCGAUUUUAUAGCUGGUCACGUCGUUGAUGGUCGCUGCCUAUUCCCUGCCACUGCAUAUCUUCAGCUGGUCUGGGAAACACUUGCUAUGAUACGGGGACCGAUUUUCUUUGAUGUCAGCGUAGAGUUUGAAGACAUUCGCUUUUUGCGAGCUACUUCUAUGGCUAAAGGUCAAGAAAUUGAAUUUACAAUUAUGAUUCACACCGGCACUGGCAGAUUCGAAAUAAACGAAGGAAAUACGGCAGUGGUCACUGGAUUUAUUACCGAAAUCACAAAGCCGUUACCCCUAACAACACUUCGUCCAUUACAGUCGUCUGAGUUCCCACUAAUGACAGAACGUGAUUUUUACAAAGAAUUACGGUUGAGAGGUUACCACUAUUCAGGUGCCUUCAGAUCGGUUACUCAGGCACGUGGAGAUGGAUUGUAUGGAAAGGUUAAAUGGGAUCUGAAUUGGAUCUCUUUCAUGGACUGUCUUCUCCAAAUUCACAUAAUUGGUAAAGACUCGCGGUCGCUUAUACUACCGACUAGGAUUCAGAAAAUGCGAAUCAAUGCACAGGAUCAUAUGACAAUGGCAGCCAAUCUCGAUCCAGAAGAUCCAUGCUUUGAAGUACAAGUGUGCCCGACUCUUGGAAUAUUAAUUUCCGGUGGCAUUGAAAUAUUCGGGGUUCACACAAGUCCAGUUUCCAGACGUAAACCGCCAGGCUUUCCUGUUCUGGAAACGUACAAAUUUAUCUCACAUUUACCGUCUCCAAAACUAUCAAAAUCAGACGCUGUUAGGGUUUGCGUCCAAUUGGCUUUGGAAAAUAAUCCCAGACUUAAAGUAAAGGCUGUGGAAGUGGAUAAACAUCGCAACAGUCCCAUAAUUAAUCUGUUCGAAGUGGCAUUAGGCGAUCUUCCGUUGGUCACAUCAGAUUUGAUGUUCUUGACGCCGCAGGACAUUGAUCUCGGUAAAAUACACGUAGAAGAUGGACAUCUGAGUUCUGUGAAGAAUUGCGCGUUCGUGAUUGCAUAUCGCUGUUUGUCGAAUCCCGAAUUUGUGGAGAACAGUUUGACCAGCCUUAGCGACAAUGGAUAUUUGGUGUCACGGGAAAGUUUAAAUUUGAACAGCAGCGACAUAAUAGCUCCAUCUGGUCUGCAAUUGGUUUCCGUAAUACAAACUGAUGAGGAAAAUCUGGUAGUCCUGCAGAAAAUUCAGAAGAAAAUUCAAGAGGAUCCGGUCGUUGUGUUUGUAGAUGGACGGGAUUCGGAGUGGCUAGAGAAAUUACAGACCGCAAUGAAAGAAUCUCCGGCUAUUGUUGUUAGUGAAAGUGAUUCGUACAGCGGCAUCAUGGGUCUUGUAAACUGCAUUCGUAAAGAGCCAAAUGGCAAUCGUGUUAGUUGUGUGUUCAUAAAUGACGAUCACGCACCUCCAUUCAGUUUGGAGGAUCCAUUCUACAGAGAGCAAUUAAAAUUGGGAUUGGCGAUCAACGUCUUCAAAAAUGGGCAAUGGGGCAGUUACAGACACUUGGAACUCAUACAAAAAAUCAAUGAAAAGUCUCACCGAAAUCAUUGCUAUGCCAACGUAUUACAAAGAGGCGAUUUGUCUACGUUGACGUGGAUUGAGGGAUCCAUUGACGUUAUGAAAACGCAAAAUCUGGUCAAUAUUCAAUAUGCGUCGCUGAACUUCCGAGAUGUAAUGUUAGCUACGGGACGAUUAGCAGUCGAAGUAUUCGGGAGCAAUCGAUUGGAGCAAGAAUGCGUUCUCGGCUUUGAAUUUGCAGGUGUAAAUCAGAGUGGUAAACGAGUGAUGGGAACUGUAAUCUCUGGAUCACUCGCAACGCAUAUCAUUCCACAAAAGCAUCUUACCUGGAUUGUCCCUGAUAAAUGGACGCUAAGGGAAGCCGCCACAUGUCCGGUGGUAUAUCUAACAGUUUACACUGCUUUCUUUACAUCAAAUCCCAUAAUGAAGGGCAACUCGAUUCUGAUUCAUGCGGGUAGUGGUGGAAUUGGUCUAGCUGCUAUCAGAGUUGCAUUUGCGUAUGGACUAGAAGUCUUUACAACGGUGUCUAAUCCAGAAAAGAAAAAGUUCAUUAUGGAGUGUUAUCCUCAGUUGAAAGAGUCAAACAUUGGUAACUCUCGGGAUUGCUCAUUCGAGCAAAUGAUUAAACUCCAAACAAAUGGGAAAGGAGUUGACUUUGUGUUGAACUCGCUGUCUGAUGACAAAUUGCACGCGUCAAUCAGAUGUUUGGGUCGAGGGGGUACUUUCCUGGAAAUCGGAAAAUUUGAUUUGGCCAACGAUACCAAAAUCGGACUGGGCGAUUUUCUGAAAGAAAUUUCUUUCCGGUCGGUUUUGGUCGACAAUCUGUUUACGGCUAGUGAUGACACUUUGCACCGUAUCUAUGCACUUGUGGAAAAAGAUUUACGUUGUGGAAUUAUUCAGCCACUGUUUGCGACUGAAUUCGACGUUCAGGAUGUCGAGAAAGCGUUCCGUUAUUUGGCAACCGGGAAACAUGUCGGAAAAGUAAUCCUAAGAGUCCGUGACGACCCCUACUCCAAAUUUACUGUUCCAAUGAAAGUAUUGCCAAGAGUUCAUUGUGAUCCAGAGUUAGUAUACGUGAUUCCCGGUGGAUUGGGAGGAUUCGGUUUAGAGUUGGCUGACUGGUUGGUCAUACGUGGAGCACGAAAACUAGUAAUGAGUUCAAGCCGAGGCAUAACUAAGUCGUACCAAUCAUACCGAAUCAAAAUCUGGGAGGGAUACGGAGCCGAAGUUAUGGUGAACACUUCAGAUAUAUCAACCAGAAAAGGGUGUGAGGAGCUGUUACGAGCUGCGCAAAGUCUUGGCCCAGUGGGUGGCAUUUUCAAUUUGGCUGUGGUCCUACGGGACAAUAUUUUAGAGAAUCAGAAUGCACAGAAAUUCGCUGAAUGUCUUGCGCCUAAAGCUGACGCUACAUUGCAUUUGGAUCAGCUAAGCCGGAAAAUGUGUCCAAAGCUAAGGCACUUCGUUGUGUUUUCCAGUGUUUCUUGCGGUCGUGGCAACGCUGGACAAUCUAAUUAUGGAAUGGCGAACUCCGUGAUGGAACGUGUCAUUGAGCAACGAGUAGCAUGUGGAUUGACGGGCAAAGCUAUUCAAUGGGGAGCUGUUGGAGAAGUUGGACUCGUGGCUGAUAUGGCUGAAGACAAAUUAGACAUGGAAAUUGGUGGUACGUUACAGCAACGUAUUUCAUCUUGUUUAGUUGAAUUGGAUGUGUUGCUGACGACGCAAGAGCCAAUUGUUGGUAGCAUGGUCGUUGCAGAGAAACGUGUCGGUUCAGGUGGAAAAGGCAAUGUAAUUGACAGCGUUCUGAACAUUAUGGGAAUUCGGGACAUUAAGCAAAUUUCAAUGACCGCCUCACUGUCAGAAGUUGGAAUGGAUUCCUUGAUGGCAGUUGAGUUGAAACAGACACUGGAACGUGAAUUUGAAAUAUUUUUGACUCCACAAGACUUACGUUCGUUAACAUUUGCCCGACUUCAAGAGCUUUCAGAUGCUCGGGUUAAGGAAGGCCACGAAAAUGUUAAGUUGAAAUUGGCUGGAGAGAAGAAAACUUUCGGCUUGAACUUGAUGUUGCGCACCCUUGGCGACGAAAAAAGCUGCAAACAACCAUGCGUUCGACUUCGAACAAAAAAUAUUGCCGAAAAAUUCAAUUCUUGCAUGGUAAUUGUUCCCGGCAUUGAAGGCGUUGCAGGCGUGUCUUGGCAUAAAGUGGCGUCUAGUAUGAAUUUACCAGCCUUCGUUCUACAAUUGACGAGCACCAUUGAUAUGAAGACCAUACCGGACAUAGCAAAUGGUCUGGCUACUCAUGUCAAAGAAAUUUUCAACAAAAAAGAAUUUUUCUAUUUGGUGGGCUAUUCGUUCGGAUCGUUUAUAACUCUGGAAUUGGCCCGAAUCAUGGAAGAGACUGGAAUGACUGGAAGCGUUGUACUGAUCGAUGGCGCACCCGUUUUCCUGAAGCAACUGAGUUACGGUCACAUCAGCUCGGAAGUAACAGACGAAUCCAUUCAGUUAAUGUUAAUCAUUGCCAUCAUUCAAAACAUCUUCCCGUUGGAGAAUCCAGACGAACUUUUGCUCAAACUACGAGAGUGUUCCACAUGGGAAGCAAAAGUUGACAAACUGGUUCAGUUCGGAAAGUCACAAGCCGAAUACUCAGAGGAGUAUAUGCGAUCAAUCACUCAGGCCAUGUACAAUCGACUGAAAAUUGUCUUUGAAUUCGACACGGAACAUGUGCAGAAGAUCAAAUCUCCGAUCACGCUCAUACGGCCGACUGAAGUUGCCUUUGUCGAAAUCGAAGAGGAUUAUGAACUAUCACGGUUCACUGACGGUCCUGUGACACUGAAAUUCAUUGAGGGCAACCAUACCUCCAUGCUGGAUAAUAUAAAGUUGGCUGACAUUAUCAACGAUUGCGAUCCAUACUUGCAGUCCGAUCGAAGCUUUCAGGCAUACGUUUUGUCUGGUAAGAAUACGUAGACCGAUAAUAUUGAGACGUCAAUCGAUUCUUUGCUAUUAGAAAUGGACUUUUCUUAGACUACGUUAAUAUAAAAGGUAUGUGAGUUGUAUGUAAGGUUUAAGUGUACCAAAUAAAAUUUACGUUUGAAAUUGC